AUGGUGGAGCGUAGCUGCAGGGGCACUUGGGCAAGAAGGGCGGUUCUUGCCGCAGGUGGUCCCUCGGGUGCAGCGCAGGUACUAUGAUUCACCACUUUUAGACCUGACAGACUGAUAGCUUUUACGAGGACAAAGUGCCAGUUCAUCUUUUCUGCUGACGAACAUAUCUUGUUUCAUUUGCAUGUUGUGGUCACUUUAACAAUCUUUUGAAUUGCUUGCAGCGAUUUAUUUUUCUUAGUUUUUGUAUAUCGUUUUGAUUUUGUUGAGCUCCUACUCGCAGAUACUCAAACGCAUCUCCUUAAAUGUAAUCUUAAAGUCCGUCGUCGCUCUGAACCUGAAGCACAAAGACAAACUGGACCUCCAAGAUGACGUCGUGGCAAAGAAAUCCAGUAAAGAUAAAGCCGCCUUAAUGUCGACUGCUGGCUCCAGCGGGGAAGAUGUUGAGACAGAGACCUCCAAGAUGACAUCUUCUUCCUCUACUUCUUUGAAGUCUACAAAAUCCACCAGGAAGAAAAGAACAAAAACAGCAGGCGACGGCGAUGACGACGAGGAGGACGACGAUGCUGCGGAGGCAGCAGACGCAGACGCGGAGGAGACCACUGAAGGAGAAGAUAACGAGGACCACGCUGCGUCGGACGAGGACGUCGAGGCGGAAGAAUGCGUGUGCGUGAACGAGGGCACCGUGCUGAUGAACGAGCCCGAUAAGUUUACCGCACCAAAACCGGACGCGGAAGGCCAGGCCUGGCUCAACAACACAACGGGCUAUCCUGAGGAAAAACUACGUCUCCAACUUGGCGGCCUUGCUACACAAAUUUGAAUCAACACACUUUAGCUAGUGUUUGCUCGCAUGUUGACAAGUUUAUUCGUGUCCCUGUAGGCUAGUUCUGUUUGAGGUAGUCCUUGCGCAGACGCAUCACAAAUCGAGUACAUGAUCCUGGUGCCAGCGUCAUAAAUUUCCAAAUAGCUGCAUAUUGGCAAAUUAUGGAGGACCUGAUUGAGCUGCGCGUGAGAAAGACAAACAUUUUGGACCGCGUGCUACUUUGCAUGACAAGGAGGUCUUCCGGGCAGCUGGGGACGUUUUUACAAAUGAUACGGACGAGAGCGCACCGUCUGCGUAUGUGGAUACACCGUACGGGCAAAACUACACAAAAGUGUACGGCUAACCAAGAAAAAAAUCGUGUUUGCUGCAGCUGCUACCAUACAGGACAGUCGUGACGCCUGCCAUUUUAAGUAGAUACCACCGAUAGCAUCUUUUACUUUUUGUUUUAGGGUUUUCAUUGAGCCUGGCUAUUGGCAUUGCAGCUAUAAAUCUUCCAUGACAAGUUUUCAUCCCUGUCCUCCAAGCCAAUUUUGUCAAGGUCAUACCAUGUCAGUAUCUUGACUCUUUCAACGAAGAAAGUAUACACUAACACACCUUUUUUUCUUGUACAACGACGGGCCGGUCGACUACGGAGAAUACUGCCGAGCCUGGGAAGACGAGUGCACCGGUGGGAAGGCGGGGUUGAGUACCUCCUGCAAAGUCACCAACGCGGACACAGAGUGCCCAAGCGGGACAAGCUACGACGAGGACAAAGACGACAAACCAGACUGGUGUGCCGCCAAAUGGUGCUACGUGAAGACAAAGUCGGCAAAGAACGGAGAGAUCGCUAGCUACACGAAGUUACCUAAUAGCAAGUUGGAUUGAUCUCGGUGUGAAAGUGAAAAGAACUUGUCGUGGUGCUGCAUUGCGAAGAAAACGAGCAUUGGACAGCAUUUUACCAACAACAAGUGUGCGAUCCAGGAGGUAUGAUCACAAGUUUCAUUUGGGACCACGCGUUCAUCUCCACCUGUGCAGCGCGCUACAUGGUUGCACGACUACAUGGUUGCACGACAAACAAGGAAAGUGCGCGUCUUGUGAGUCAUGUUGGUAUUCUACUUGCACAGGUUCUACUUCAUCUGCAGGUCUAGAAGAUAAACCCUGUGCAUGCGCGUUUCUCUUUUCCAGACCCAGAUCGAUGUUUCCAUUUGGUAAAGACUCGCCGGACACCACGAGAACGGACCGAAGUGCAGCAACAUCGACGACGUGGCGCGAUCCUCCUACGGAAACCUCAACGUGUGGUACAGCUACAACUACUGCGCAACGACCGCAACCAAGACGAACACAGUUGUCACCGUCCUGGACAAGAGCAAGUAAAAUCUUGGAGACCUUCGACGCCGUCGCAAGAAAGGGCCUGCACUUCUACCACGAGGAGCCAGCAAUUGCAUUUCUGGGGGUGGAGUGCAAAGCAGACCGGACGGUGUUCGACGUUCCGCGGCACACGGAGGCGGAACUGGUCGUGCAAGCAGGAGGACUAAAACGAGUCAUAUAAAAAUCAAUUUUGUGGUGGUAAAGUUGUAUAUAAUACCAAAGAAAAACCUGAUCCUGAACGUGACGAAAAUAGUAGCUCUUUGAGGUUGUAUCCUAUGGAAAAGUAAGCUGGUAUCUUGUGGGAAUGUUGGUAUAAGUACCGUGUAAGAUUGAUGUCGGCAGAUAACAAACUUUUACUUUAGUGGAAGUAAAAGUUUUUUCUUUUUACGUCUUUCCUUUGCCUUUGCCAAGCAGGGGCAUGCAAACUACUUGCGAAAGAACGCUUCACAGCUUUUUUAUGGUCUUCACAGACGGGUGAAAAAACGAAAGACAAAGAUCGCGGUUUUUCUUCCUAGAGAAUAAAGCCUCAAACUCAAACUGGUGCAGAUGAUCGACGUUGAUGGAAAUAUGGGAUUAAGUAAGGAUUUUUGAUUGCUUUAGACAGUUUAUGAUAUAUUACAACUACAAAUCGAACAAGACUAAAGUGAAAGUAA